AUGAUGAAUAUACUAUUCAUUUUCAUGUAUUUGGUGGCUUGCAUUACCGGCCAUCGAAUUGAUAGUAUGCAAAACUCGGUGAAAGAGAAUUUGGACAUAGAGAGAGAGCUAAAGCUUAUUAAUAAAACUCCAGUCAAGAGUAUUCAUACAAAAUAUGGAUACAUUGUUGAUUGUAUUGAUAUUAAUAAGCAACCAGCUUUUGAUCAUCCAUUACUUAAGAAUCAUAAGUUGCAGAGAAAACCCAAGUUUGCAAAUAAAAUCAGAAAAGAUAAUGUGAUGAAAUCAUCAACGUCUGAGGCUAUAUUUGGGCUUGACGAGAAGGACCAAUGUCCAAGUGGAAGUGUUCCUAUUAGGAGGACAAACAAAAAUGAACUCAUCCGAGCCAAAUCAUAUUUUAGCAAUGUUCUACUUCAAAAUUCUCCUGGUUUUCAUGUUGCACAAGUAACACUCCGAACCGUGCCGAAAUAUUUUUCUUAUUAUGGAGUUGGUGGAACAAGUAGUAUUUAUAAUUUAAAAGUUGAGAAGGAUCAAUCAAGUACAGCUAUGAUGUGGGUUCUAAAGGGACAUAUGGAUAACUUGAAUUUAAUCGGUGUUGGAUGGCAUUGUUGGGUUUUGGGCUCCCUUCCUAUGUGGAGAAAAGUCCAAUUUUAUUAG